AUAAGAUAUAAAGUCCACGGUAUUUAUGAAUAAAUUUAUUUAUUUUUUCGUUUUUGUUUUUCGUAUAAGCAACUGCACAACUGCAUAACUUUGGUACAAGUCAGAGUCCAGCUCGGUAAUUUGCCUCAUUCGCCUUAUCCUUUCCACCCAUCCUCUUGGAGAGAGAGAGAGAGAGAGAGAGAGAUGCAGCUUCUAUGUGUUACGCCCAAUUGUUGCAAGGGUUCUACCUUUUGUCCUCCAAAGGGUAAUAAUGUGAAGAAGGCGCAAAACCCAGUUCCAAAACGUCAUGAUAAAGUGAAGUUUCUUAAGAGCUUAGCUCCACCUUUAAUGGCUGCGCUUCUGACUUUAUCUCCAAUCGGCUACAUCCCAGAUUCACUUGGACAAACCAUAGAUGUACAAAGAGGAGCGUCGUUGUUUCGAAAAGCUUGCAUUGGCUGUCAUGACGGAGGAGGAAACAUAAUACAACCAGGUGCAACACUCUUUUUGAAAGAUCUCCAGAGAAAUGGAAUUGACUCGGAAGAGGAGAUUUACCGUGUUACAUAUUUUGGCAAGGGAAGAAUGCCGGGCUUCGGAGAAAAUUGCACGCCCAAAGGCCAAUGUACAUUUGGAGCUCGUUUGUUGGAUGACGAAAUUAAGCUUCUAGCAGAGUUUGUCAAAUUACAAGCAGAUCAAGGUUGGCCUAACAUAAAACUUGAUGAAGAUUGAAUCCCAUAAAUCUAUAGAUUUUGAAACACCUUCAAAAUAUAUGUAUAAAGCGUUGAAGACAAUUGUAUUAUUUGUGUUCCUAUUUCGUUGGAAGAUGUCGGAUCCUUUGCUGAAUGGUUAUUCGUUACGUACUUUAUCUU